GCGCCCCGCCCCUCGGCGGCUCCAGGUGCGGCGGCGGGACCGGGGCCGCUGGCGGGCCGGGCGGGCGGCCGGCACCAUGGCCGAGUCCCAGCUGAGCUGCCUGGACGAGGCCCACGUGAACGAGCGGGUGACCGAGGCGCACGCCGCCUUCUACUACUGCGAGCGGCGGCGGGCGGCGCUGGAGGCGCUGCUGGGCGGCGGCGAGCGGGCCUACCGGGAGCGGGUCCAGCGGGAGCGGCUGCGGGACUUCCUGUCCAGCCAGGAGCGCCAGGCCCUCCGCGCCGCCUGGAGCCCCUACGAGGACCCCGCCCCCGCCGCCAGCACCAGCUCCCGCGGCAAGAGCAAGGCCAAGGCCAAGGCCCCGCCGCCGGCCUCCGCCGACCCCCGGGAGUCCCUGGCCUACUGGCCCGACCGCUCGGACACCGAGGUGCCCCCGCUGGACCUGGGCUGGACCAACAGCGGCUUUUACCGCGGCGUGAGCCAGGUCACCCUCUUCACCCACCCCCCCAAGGAGGAGAAGGCGCCCCACCUGAAGCAGGUGAUCAGGCAGAUGAUCCAACAGGCCCAGAAGGUCAUUGCUGUGGUCAUGGACCUCUUCACCGAUGGCGACAUCUUCCAAGACAUUGUGGACGCUGCCUCUAAGCGCCGCGUCCCCGUGUACAUCAUCCUGGAUGAGUCGGGCGUGAAGUAUUUCCUGGAGAUGUGUCAGGGCCUGGAGCUCACGGACUACCGUAUUCGGAACAUCCGUGUCCGCUCGGUGCCGGGCGUUGGCUUCUACAUGCCCCUGGGGAAGAUCAAAGGGACCCUGUCAUCAAAGUUCUUAAUGGUAGAUGGCGACAAAGUAGCCACGGGAUCGUACAGGUUCACCUGGAGUUCCUCUUACGUGGACAGGAACCUCCUCCUCCUCCUGACAGGGCAGAAUGUGGAGCCCUUCGACGUGGAGUUCCGGGAACUGUACGCCAUCUCCGAGGAGGUGAACUUGUACCAGCAGCUGAGCCUGGCAGGAGGUGCAGGCAUAUUCGGCCCUUACUACUCCACGGUGGCUCGCAAGCUCAUCAACCCCAAGUACGCCCUGGUGUCCGGGAGCCGCCACCCGCCGGGGGAGAUGAUGCGCUGGGCUGCCCGGCAGCAGCGGGAGGCUGGCAGCAACCCAGAGGGGCAGGAAGAGGGCAGCGGAGGCAGCGAGUCGGCCCAGCGCCUGGAGAACUUCCUAAAUGACCUGGUCACGCUGGAGCAGGUGCUGCCCGCCGUGGAGCCCGUGCCCUCGGGAGAGCUGAGUCAGAAGCCUGGCAGGCUGGUCUCUCCCCGAGAGGCUCUGGCCCAAAAUGGCAAGGGAGAAGCGCUCAAUGGCGAGGCUGCCCCGGCCAAGGAGGGCAAGCGCUUGAGCUCCAGGUUCUUCAGCCGCCGGGCCAAGCGGCCUGCAACGCCCAACGGCACGGCCAGCUCCCUCUCCACGGAGAACUUCGCGGAAGUGGAGUUCAGGGGGAAGAGGACCAACGAGGGCUCCAGUGCCAACGCCUCAGGUAAAUCAAGUCCCAGUCCUGCCAAGUCCAGCAAUUGCGUGAUUUCCUGAGCCUCGGGCCAGUGGUGGGCAGGACCUGGAUGCCCCGCUGCCCCGUUUUGUGGAGAACACAGGUCAAACCCUGCACCAGUUUGCACAUCAGACCCCUACUGCCUCCCGCCCAGCAGCCUCCACCCUGGCCUCAGGGACCCUGCCUCCCAGAUGUGAGGAUCUGCCACGUCUCAAGGCAGCCACGCGCCUCCACAAGACUCUCGGUGUCUGGGCAGGGCUCGCUCUUCCUUGUUUACAUGAAGUGGAAGCUUGACUAGUGUCCUCUCUCCUUUACGCCCGACACCCUCCCUCCACGGGGCCAGCCUCGCCCUGCAGGGCCCCAGAUGGGGUGAGCCCUUAUCUUUCUACCUUAAUGUGGUAGGGUCUCCCGGGCGGCCCCAGCCCCCCGAUUUCUCCUUUCCUGGGCUUCUUGGUGCUUCUGGUCCCCCCAGCAGGUCUGAUGGGAUAAAUGGGAAGAAGAUGAGCCUCUGAACUGAAGGUAGAGGAUACUAGGUCAGCUGGGACCCCGGCGACUGUGGCCUUCUGGGCGGUCCCUGCAGGCGCCUGCACUAGACUCUGAAUGGCAUGAGGAUAAGACCGCCCACGGGAGCCGGUGGCAGAUGUGGGUGCUGAGGGCUCCUUUCCCUCACUCCGCCCCAUCUUGGAGCUCUCAGCCCCGAGGGGUCCAGACCUCCUCGGCUAUGGCCUGCUGUAAGCCAUGACAGUUCUUAUAGUGCCUUUACCUGGGGCUACUCCCUCCCCUCAAUGUGCCUUGAUUUGCAGCCCAAAGCAGGGAGAGAGCUUGGCCAAAAGGUAGAUUCUGGUGGCCUGGGAGGCUGGGCAGGAGCGCUAGCCCUUUCCCCGCCCCUGAGAUGGCCCUUCACCCCCUUCACCAGCCAGGACUUGGGUUCCUUGUCUACUUACAUUUCAGCCAAAGACCAGCCUUAGCCCCCUGCCGAAAGGCAGGCUGUGUAGGGCCCUCGGCCUCUCCAAAGGGCCUAACUACCAUGAUGCCAGGCCAGCAGACCUGCCUAGAAUCACACUCUACCCUCACCCCACUGUGUGACUGGGGGUCUGAGGAGAGAGUUUGCUAAUGGACGCUGGAGAAAUUGCCAAACUGUAAGCUCUGCGAGCAGUCCCCCACCCCCACCCUGGCAGGUGCUGGGGGUCAGAGCCAGCACUGUGAACCCUGAAUGCACCAGGCCUCUCACUUCUGAACCAAACUCGUGUCCUGUGUCCUUCCUUCUGCCAAGCCCCGGGGCACCAGCAGCACCGGAGGAGGGCCCAGGUGUCUGCUGAGGCUGGUGUGAGGCCAGCCCGGCUGUGCUGCGGUGAGCAGAUGUCCUGUGAGGAGCAGGAAGUGGCCAGCACAGCGCAGGCAUUGGAGCAGAACCGCGGGGAGGGCGGUGGGGGGUGUGCCGGGGGUGAGCCUGGGUCCCAGGCCUCUGUUCAUCCUGAGGGCGGACCCCGACCCACCUCCCUGAGCUUCUGUGAGGAUUAAAUACUUUCUGGGAAGUGCUUUCUCACGCACCAACGCCUGGCAAUGUGGCACGUGCUUGUUCUGGGAGGGCAGGCAGGGAGGGAGCGAGGGAAACAGGGCGGUGGCCGUCCCCCCGACGGCGUGGGACACAGGUGGGUGAGGACCAAUGAGGGAAAGAGGACACUGUGGGUGAGGAGGGUGGACAACUCCGGGGACAAGGGAGGAGGCCGGGGAGGGACCAGCUCCAAGCGAUUCUGCAAGAGCUCCCAGGGCCUCUUUCUGCAAGACAAGCAGCCCCUGCCCCAGAGCAGGCCCAGCGCCCGCCCUGUCCUGAGCGUAGGAGGGUCCAGAUGGGAAGUCCCAAGUUAGUACAGCCUGAGCCAGGCCUGCUGCCUGCCCCAGUUUCCCUGUGCACCAAGGCGGGAUUAUCCAGCCUCCUAGGAACGGGGUGGGCGAUAAACGCCGUGGGAGGGGAAAGAGUGCAGGCACCUCCCCUGCAGCCGUCUCCUCAUCCCCAGCAGAGGUUUGGACAAGUGGCCUCUGACCCCCUCCAGCCCUGAGAUGCUUGCGCAGAGACAGAGGUGCCAAGAUUGCUGGGAAUCCUGACGCCCUCACAGGCGGCUCCUGAAGUGCUCAGCCCUCUCCGUCCUGUCUCUCGGCCCCUCGGUUCUCAGGACCUCUGCCCUCUCUCUGUCCCAGCACUGGCACACACUCCGUGACAUAUUCUCUCAUCAAAUCUCAAGGGUACAGCUGGCCUUCCCAGCUGGAUGGCAAGUUCAAGGGUGGCUCGUGCCCUUGGUUCCCCCGCAGUGGCUUGCACAAGGCUGGUGGCGUCAGAAGGGCGGGGAGAAACGGGGAGGAGAGGGAUGAGAGCCUCUGCUCCGUGGGGGGCCUGGCCUCCCUGCCUCAUCCUCCACCACCAGCGAGCUGCCCACUUUCUGAGCUGCAGGCUGAGUGUCCACCACUGGUGUGGCUGCUGGGGAAGGACGGCCUCCUAGGAGCACGGGGGCCUGAGGGCUGAGGCCCGGGGGCUGCUGCCACCCCGGUUCCUGCCCCACUGGGGCUGGAAGCACGAACUCCUGCAUGGGCGCUGGCAGGCUUCCCCUUGAGGCUUAGCAAGGCCUCCCAGUCUCUUGCCCGAUGUCUGUCGUUAGGGAUGGUUAGUCCUGUGCCUGAUCCCUCAAGGGUGCUUUCAAAACAGCUCUGCUCGCACCACGGCCCUCUGUCUGUAGAGAGCCCAGUAGGAUGUCUCUGCCAAGAAAGGCAGCCCAGGGAUGUAGAGGAAACAAGCCAGAGAGGGAGUGGCCUUUUUCUUUUUAAUUUAUGGAGCACCUACUAUGUGCCAGUCACUGUGCGAGGUGCUUCGGUCCCUGGCAGGUCUCAAUCUAAGAAAAGCUCAGGAAAGAGCUCUGAAAAUAAAAUUUUAAAAUGUGUA